AUGGAUCCUCGUCAGUGGACUUGCUCUCAAGUAAUUCAAUGGUUAUCUUCUUUCAAUAAAAAUAAACAAGUUCUUGAUGUUUUUACUAGAAAGCCGUACUGUAAAUUCAUUGAUUUAUUUAAGCACAUACAGUAUGUGCAUAAUGGACAAUUAGAUUUUAAAGUUCGCUGUGAACUUGGGCCAUUAUGUGGACGAAUAUAUUCGACCUUUGCUGCUUACAAAGGUCAUAUUUAUCGACAGCAUGUGGAUCUUCUUAAUGAAGAUUUAUAUAGAAAGGAAGUACAAAUAAUUACAGAUACACAUGAUGAUGAAACCUUAUUGGCGACAAAUUAUGCUACACAAUCAGAUUUUAAUAUGCAAAUAUAUGAUGGAGAAAACGAAGAAGAUGAGAGUGAAGAAGAAAUAGAAGAUGAAGAUACUAUAUGUUGGCCGUUGCUUAAAGAAACAAUAGCUCGAUCGUCAGAAAAAAAAAUAGAUCUAGAAUUCUUUGAAAAGUUUUACAUGGACUUUUUGCUUAGUCUUAGAGAAGGACAUUGUUUACCGCAAAAUAUUAUCCAAACGAUCACAUCUGGAUUAAAAUCUUUGAUUGAACUAAUUUAUCAGUUAUUAAAAAUCAAAAAUCAAAAAACAACUAUUAAUUCAGCUAUAUAUGAUUCUAUUUUAUUGAGUGAUGUCAAUGAAGUUAUCUCAAACAUAACAGAAAGAAUAACAGAUAUUACGAAAAAUGAACAUAGUUUCUUGAAAUUAUGUAAAAAAUAUUUUUCCUAUACACCAGCUAAAGAAAUAAAGUUAGAAAAUCCUGAUCAGAUAGCUUACUAUAUUCCUAUACAAUGCAGUAUUCAACAAAUGUUAAAAAAACCUGAUGUUUUACCUAUGCUGAUCAAAAAUUUUAAUGAAAAUGUCAGUCGUAAUAUUAUGGAUACAGAUUUGAUGUUCAAUUUUCGUCAUGGAUUACUUGGGAAACAACAUACAGUAUUGAAAAAUAAACCUGAUGCAUUACUACUUCAACUCUAUAUAGAUGAUAUCGGCUUGACUAACCCUAUAGGUGCCAAAAAAGAUACUCAAAAAGUUACUAUGAUAUAUUUUCAAUUAGAAGAUUUACCUGACACUAUUAAAUCAAUCUUAAAUUCAAUAGGAGUUGUUGCCAUGUGUCAUUCUAAUUAUUUAACUAAUAAGUUAAAUAGAAAAAUUUUUUUUGAUCCAAUAGUUAAAGAUCUAAAUGCUUUGCAAAUGAAUGGAAUUUUCAUUCCAACUCUUCAGACUCAUUUACAUUUUGCAUUUACAGUAGUAACUGGUGAUCAUUUAGCGUCGAAUGAUAUAGGAGGGUUCCAGAAAAUUUUCAAUACUGGAGAAUUCUGUAGACAUUGUCAUGUAAAUUAUAAUCAAAAACUUGUUCCUUUGAAUGAAAUUACUCAUCGUCGUCGAAUACAAGAUCAACAUAAUAAUUUUGUUCAACAAGUGACCAAUUUGAAUAAUAAUGUUACAUUACAUGGUGUUGUUGGUGCAAGUCCAUUGGUAAAUCUGAUAGGUUUUCAUGCUGUAACUUCUUUACCUAAUGACCCUAUGCACGAUUUUAAUGAGGGUGUUUGUGGUCAAUUAAUAAUGGCUAUGUUGAAAGAAGCUUCAACAAAAAGACUCCUUACAUAUGGUGACAUUGAAAAUCGAUUGUUAGCGUUCGUAUAUGGUGAUAAUGAUAAGCCCAACAAGCCACCAAUUUUACGAAAGAAACAUUUAAAAAAAGGGAAAAUUGUUGGUACAGCAUCGCAGAAGAUGCUAUUUUUUAAGUUAUUCCCUAUCAUCUUUUAUGAUUUGAUUGAUCAAUUAGAAACAAAAGAGAUUUACAUAUGUUUACGAGAGAUUGUGAGUUUAGUUUUUGCUUGUCCAUUUCGUAAAUCUUGGUUGUCAUAUUUACAUUCAUUAUGUAUUCGUUUUCAAUGUUUAAUGGUUCAUCUAUUACCGCACAUGGUGACUCCAAAGAUACACUUUGUGACUGAUUAUGCAAAGCAGAUCGAAAUGAAUGGUCCAGCUAUCAGACAUUGGUGCAUGCGCUUUGAAUCGAAGCAUCAGAUAUUUAAACGACUUGCUGUGAAGUCUAACAAUUUCAAAAAUAUUCUUUAUACAUUAUCGAAACGGAAUCAAUUACAUCAAUGUCUUCUUUUAUCCUUUUCAAACUAUUAUACAAUUGUUAAUGAAGGUUAUUCAGUAUCUGAACGAGAUUUAUGCACAUUACCAAUUGAUAUUCGCGAAGAUAUUGAUGGUGAAACACUUUUUAAUUUACCACAAUCCAUGAUGUAUGAAAUAAUUAAACCUAUGAAAGAUCGUGUACGUUUUUUAACUGAACAUCGUAAUUUAUUUGAUGGUGCAAGUAGAAAUGAUUCUGAUCAAUCAAAAUGUGAAAAAUAUAGUCAUAUUUCAUUAGAUGAUUCUCAACAAUUACUUGACAAACAUAAUUUUAAUCAAAUCACAACACAGUCUACAAUCAUGUUUUCAAGCAAUACUCAAGGUGGUGGUCCUGUAUUGGGUUCUACAACGACUUCAGAUAUUAUACAAGAGGAAAUAAUUAUAUCAUCAAAAGAAGAUGAAAAUAAAGAAAAUGAUGUAGAUGACGAAGAACCGACAUUACCAUCUCCUUAUAUUAUACCAGAUUUACCAUUAAGAAUUCAACAAAUUAUUGAUAAAGGUGAAAUAGGUGAAUUCCGUAGUCAUACAAAUGCACGUCGACUUUUACUUGAUACAAUUUUUAAUGAUGUGACAACCAAAUAUUCGCUGUUAUAUCCUACUAGAGAUCAUUACAGAUUAAUGGGCAAAGCAAUACUAAAAAAAUUAAACACUUCUAAAGAUAAUGAAGCAUUGAAUGAUUGGAUUGAAAGUCUUAAAACCAAAUUUAAGAGAGAACGUCGUCCGCUUCAACAAAUAUCUGUACAAGUACAGAAGAUGAAAGCAAAGUAUGGAAAUAGUGCUGGUCGUCCAACCAAACGAAGUGAGAAUGUCAUUGCACCUCGUCGAAUAUCUCCGGUUCAAUUUUGGAAUACAAUAGAUAUUCAUGAUGAUCCGGAAGAUUUAAAUAAAAACAUCCAGGUUAUGAAGAACGAAUUGGUAGAUAGGAAUGUUGAUUCGGAUUUGGUUCGAAGUUCAUGGAAAAAAACAUUAGUUCAAAGAAGAAAUUUCAUUAGAGAUCAUACAACAAAAGAAGUUCUUGAAGAAUACCCAGGUUAUUGUUAUGCUUCAUUGAUUUUCGACGAGAUUCGAUAUGUGUGUAAUGUUGAUAUUGAAGAAAAUUUCAAAUUAAUGUUGCCUAAAUUACUUGAUAGCAUUCCAGAUAAUUCGGGUUUUGUGAACGAUCUUCCAGCUGUACGUUUGAUUAAACUUUUAUCCAAGUAUUUUACUGAUUCAUGGCAACAAAUCAUAUCGAAUAAAGAACCAUUAUCGCCACGACCAGCUAUACAAAUAACAACAGAUCAGUUUAUUAUUUUUCUUGAUUAUGAAGUUAUUAGUGAAACAUCAUCAAUUGAUCAAGCUAUAUGUAUUGUUAUUUCAUUAUAUGUUAUAUUUGAAUUACAAUUUGGUAUACACAAUCGAAUUAUUCAAUUGUUAUAUGGUAUUCUAUUAAAACAAUCUGGAGCAUUAACAAAACCACUACGCAUUUUACUGAAUCAAUGGAGUUUUAUUAUUGAUGAAAAAGAAGAUAAAGAAGGUGGUGAUAUGAUGACAACGAACUCGACAAAUUUCAAAACUAUUACAGCUACAGUUGAAAGUGUGACACAAGUCGAAGAUAAUCAAACUGAUGAUUUACCAGAUAGUGAAGAACAAGAAGAAAUAUAUGUCGAAACUACAACAGGUAAUAGUCAAGAUCAAACAACAGCUACAAAUAUUGGUGAGAAGGAUCUGAUCAAUGAGUAUUCAUCAGAAUCAUCGGAUUCUUCUUCUUCAUCAUCACCAAUUGAUCCUCCACUUGUUAUUCACAUUUCACCAACAAAAGAACAACAAAGACAAAUAGCAUCUUCAUCAUCUUCGAAUGACAAUACAUUAUGUGAAGCAAAUAUCAAACAGCAAGUAUCAGCAACAUCAACUGAUCGAUCUUCAACUACUUCAAAUAAAAAAACUUCUCAAGCAAAAAAACGUCCUGCUAGUUCCGAAGAACCAAUAGCAUUACGUGUAAAACGUACACGAGUUAAAAGACAAAUUAACUAG